AUGCGAAAAUUAAGUGUACGUAUCAAUGGGCGGGAGAGAGGAGCAGAGAAACGUCGAGUUUGCCUGGGCGGCAUUAAACUACGAUCCCUAGGUCCACGUGGCUUGACUGUUUUGGAGCGUAUAAAUGCCAUAUACAAUAGAAAAUUGAAUGGCUAUGAGUUAGAUAUUCAUUUAAUUGAUCCUGGACAGAAUGGUCAAGGUGUACAUUCAUCAAGUCAACUACAACACUUGUUGACGAACACUAUUGCUUGUCAGAUAACUUUAUUCGGAGAUCAAACAGUUGUUAAUGCGGGACCGCCUCAGAAUGGGCCUACAUUUUUGGAAUGGGCUCGAACACAAAACUAUCGAAAAAUUGGUUACGGACAAUAUUGUAAGAUGAGUGAUGAAUCUGAAACCGGAACAGUCAUCGGAGAAAAUGAGUAUUUACCCCGUGCACUACUUGGAGAAUAUUUAACGUGGGUCUACGAGUAUCUAGUGUCACAUAUACGUGCUGGAGUUCAUGUAUAUCGUCAUAAAGAAUCGGUUAGUGAACUUUGCCGCGUUAGUAAUAAUCUCUUUAAACUUACGUUAACUAGCGGACAAUGUUUAAUGGCCGAUUGUGCCAUUUUAACCACUGGUCAUGGACAAAAUACAAAGGAUUCUAUAGAAAUGGACUAUCUUAAGUUUGUAAACGAGAACAAGAACAGUAAUCCACAUUUACAAUAUUUACGUUGUUAUCCCUUGAAACAACUCAAACAAAUUGAUAAGAAUGCUGUGGUUGUCAUUCAAGGAAUGGGUCUUUCUGCUCUCGACGUGCUUGCUGAAUUGACAUGUGGUCGUGGUGGAAAAUUUAUUGAGAAUAAAAACGGCGAAUUGUCUUAUCUUCCAUCAGGAUUUGAACCGAAAACUUACAUUUUUUCCCGUAGUAGUCUUCCACUUAGUGCUCGAGGAAACAAUCAAAAAGGAAUCGGUGCAAAAUAUAGGCCGCGUUUUUUCAAUCGUCGAAACAUUAAUCGUUUGAUCAAAAAUGCCUGUAUGAAACGCGGAUCACCUCAGCUUGAUUUCGAGCAAGAACUGAUGCCAAUCUUAAUUCGUGAAAUGUGUUACGUUUACGAGUCAACGUUGAAUGGACAAUGGUUGGAGACAAACAAGUUUAAAGCAGACGAGAAAACACAUAAAAUAAUUCAUCACAUACUUAACCCACUAGCUACCACGAGGAAAUUCAAUGAUACGAAUUCAUUCACAGAUUGGAUUGUCGAUUUUGUUAAAGAUGAUCUUAAACAUGCGGAACAAGGAAAUAUUUCUAGCCCGAUAAAAGCUGCCACUGAUCUAAUUCGUGAUAUUCGAGAUAAUCUUCGUUAUGCAAUCGAUAAUAGAGGAUUGACACCCGAAUCCCAUAAACAUUUUCUACAAAAUUUCUGUCCAAUAAUGAACAGGGUCGCUGUUGGACCGCCAAAAGAAAAGAAUCAAGAAUUACUGGCCCUGGUGAGAGCCGGUAUCGUGCACUUGGCAUAUAUACCCGAUCCACAGGUAAUAUGUACAAAAACCACGGCAAGUUUUAUGGUACAAAG